UGCAGUCUUAGAGACGGAGCUAAUGCUACGUUAUUAUAACUUACGUCAACAGUAGAAUGCCAGGAGUUGCUGUCAUGGCGAGCAAGGGCCUCGCGCCCAAGCCCAAGGCUCGCUUUGGAUUAAGGCAGCCGCAAGAAGCAGAAAGCAGUUUGCCAGCGCAAGGACUGGGCGAGGCGUCCCAGCAGGCAUCGCAAGCCAGCCUGCUGCUGGACGACGUGGAGGGAGAUGAGGCCAUCUAUGCCCACCUGCUGCCUAAGGUUAUGGCGCCCUUUGAAACUCGGUCCGGAGAGACACCCCGAAAGGUGUUGAUUCAGAGGAAGCGGCGGCAGUUUGCAGCACAGGACGUAGCGAAGCUGGUGCAGGGCGAGGGCGUGGAUGCGCCCCCCGUAGAACUGUUUCCACUGGAGGUGUUCGAUAACACCAAUUACGAAACGCGGACACAUCAGGAGUGGGUGCCAAGGCGACCUGGCGUCCCAGCCACUUCAGCGCGGGCCCUCAUCGGCACCGGCGACGGUGGAGAACCAGCAUGGGUGCCAUGCACGGUCGUGGACUUUGACGAGGCAAGCAACUCGUACGGCGUAACGCUGGAUCCCUACCUGACUGGUGCCUCGGGGAGUCUGAAUGCCGAUGUAGAUGCAGUGGAGAAGGAGGGCGCCGUUGUGUGGCUGCCAAGGGUCAAGGUGUGCUUCAGCGCUGAGGACCCAGCGCUCUUUGCUCGGCGCCAUGCCGAUGCACAUCGCAGCCGGUCGCGUGCAGAGUCGCUGCUGCGGUACAACCUGUACAUCGACUCCAUGCCGACCGAUGACAUCCCGCCGCUAACCAACGAGCAGGUCAACCGCAUGUUGAGCUUCGCGCUCAAUAGCAAGCGGCUGAAGGACAAGCUCAUGGACACCAGCGCGCUCAUUGCGGAGGUCAACAUCGAGUACGCUCGCACCAUGAACAAGGUCGUGUUUGACGCGGCGCUGCAUGUAGCCCGGGCGGAGCGCGAGGCAGCGGCGGGCACUCCUUCUGGGGGCGGAGCAGAUGUGCCUGCGGUUCUGGGGCGACUGGCUCCCGCCUCUUCGGCGCCGCUCAUCCCCAUCCAUGAAGACUUCCCGCGCGACCCACCGCGGCCCGUUCCGGAGAAGGGCACGGUUCCCGUGGAGGGCGCGCUGGACUUCCCGCAGCAGUUCAGCGAGUUCAGCUUUAAGACGCUGCUGACCAAGCCAGAGGUCAUCACGGCCAUCUCCAAGAUCAAGGUGGAGUGCGCAAAGGCCGCCAAGAUGUGCCUCUUCAACACCCACUACACCAAGUCAGCCAGGCUGGAGGAGCUGGAGCAGGGGCAGAUCGCCGCCCUGGACAGCGCCGGCAACUACCUAAAGGACUCGUGGUGUGUAGCGCUGCGCAACGCUAUUCGCAACAGUUUUAAGGAUGUGGGCAAGGGCUGGUUCAACCUGGGGGAGGCCUCCAUGGAGACCUACGAGUUCUCCAAGCUACGCAAGUUCCUCACGCUGACGCGCUUUGUAAUGGAGGAUACCAUGAGGGGGCUGGUGGAGGACAGCCUUGCAAAAUUUGCGGCGUUCGUGCAGGGUUGCUGCCCACGCCGCGUGAUCGUGCACAGCACCAGCCUGGUCGAAAUCCAGGACGCCGCUUCCGCGGCGCAGCUGCCUGCGGCGGGCCGCAAGCCGCCACUAUUGGCGCUGGACCUCACCCCCAACAAGGAGGCAACGCGGUUCAUAUACAGCACGCCGCCGGACGCCAUCGUUACCAAGGUCAUGGCGCUUUUCGACGCAGCAAUAACUCGCACGCAGGGGCUGCACACGCUGGAGCCGGCCAUUAUGGAGAACCUCUUCUGGGCCACCGCUCCUGUGCUCUCGACUGUACACCCCCAGGAGGAGGGGGUUGUGCGACUACGUGACUCGCUGCGUGCCUCCCUUAUCGCCGCGCUGGUGCCAGUGGACGAGUACAUGGUGAAGUUCGGAAAGUACAUCCCGCUGCUGCAGCUCAACGUGGAGAGCUACGUUUCUGUGUUGGAGGCCAAGGGUGGCGACCUGUCGCUCACGGAGGUGCGCGCUGAAAUUAAGCGCGCCUCUGCGGACCUGGAUGCGCUGCUGGAGAGCGUGCCCACCGGCAUCUCCUUGGGGCUGGUGCAGGUCAACCUGGCCAAGACGCGUGAGCUGCUGGUGAAGAAGCAAGAGCGGCUGGUGGGGCUGCUCAAGCUGCUGGCAGCACGUGUGCCACGCCGCGCCAUGGCGUCCGUCUCGUCCAAAUUCGCGGAGAUUGACCGUACCCUUAAGGCCAAGGCCAACAACCUGGAGGAUGUGGAUGAGCAGCGCAAAUACAUUGAGCAGCUGCCCAACAAGAUCUCUGAGCUGAUGGCGGAUGUGGAGGGGCAGCGCGGCUGGUACGAGCUGCUUGACCAGCUGCGCUACUUGCUGCCCGAGGAGGACCUGCGGGAGAAGUUCGCGGGAGAGAGCUGGGGCAUGCGGCUGGCACGCCAGGCGGAGAGGCAGCUCGAGGUCCUUUCCAGCGACGAGGCGCGCUACAAGCAGGAGAUGACCAUCGAGCAGGACAUCUUCAAGGACACCAUUGGAGACCUGCAAGUGCUGGUCAGCAAUUACGGGCUGUAUACGGAUCUCAGCAAGAUGGAUGCAGUGGUGGCGGAGGUGCGCAGCGUUGACGAGCGGCUCCGCAAGGCCGACAAGGACGCCGUCGUCUUCAACUCGCGCGAGGCGCUACUGGGGCUGCCGCCCACCGACUACACACCGCUGCGCAAGGUCAUCGAGACGUUCGACCCCUUCCUGCAGUUCUGGACUACUGCGUCCAACUGGCGGCGGCUGCAUAAGAGCUGGAUGCACGACUCGUGGGAAAAGCUGCAUGGGGAAACGGUGGAGCGGGAGGUCACCAAUGCGUACAAGGUGUUGUACAAGACCGGCAAGGUGUUCAUUCAGCGCGGGUUGGACCGCUGCGCGGACAACUGCGAUGUUAUCCGCUCCGAGGUGGAGGGCUUCAAGAAGUUCGUGCCGCUGGUCCAGGCGCUUCGCAACCCCGGCAUGCGCGACCGGCACUGGGACCAGCUGUCUAGCUCACUGGGCUUCCGGCUGCAUCCCGACAAGAAUUUCACGCUGUCCCAGGGAGCGCAGAUGGGGUUGCUGUCGCACCUGCCUGUCAUCACUAAGGUGGCGGACGUGGCGGGCAAGGAGUACGCCAUCGAGCAGGCCCUGGACAAGAUGCAGCGGGAGUGGGAGACCGCAGAGAUGCAGGUGCUGGACUAUCGCGAGACCAAGACGUACGUGGUCAAGGUGGACGACCAGAUCAGCCAAAUGCUGGACGACCAUAUCGCUAUGACGCAGUCCAUGGCCUUCAGCCCCUACAAGAAACCCUUCGAGGAGCGCAUCACCAAGUGGGACCAGCAACUCACGCUGGUGAGCGAAAUCCUGGACCAGUGGAUCCAACUGCAGCGGCAGUGGAUGUACCUAGAGCCCAUCUUCGGCUCCGAGGACAUCAUGCAGCAGCUGCCGCUGGAGGGCAAGCGCUUCGCCACCGUGGACCGCAUGUGGCGGAAGACCACGGAGGCGGCCAAGAGGAAUCCGCUGGUGCUCAAGGUGUGCUCUUCCCAGAAGUUGCUGGACUCGUUCAUCGAGGCCAACAAGCUGCUGGAGAGCGUGCAGAAGGGUCUGGCGGAGUAUCUGGAGACCAAGCGCCUCGCCUUCGCGCGUUUCUUCUUCCUCUCCAACGACGAGCUGCUGCAGAUUCUGUCGCAAACCAAGAACCCAUUGGCAGUGCAGCCUCACCUGCGCAAGUGCUUCGAGGCCAUCGAGAGUCUGGACUUCGGUCCGGGCGGGGAGAUCAGCGCCAUGAACAGCCGCGAGAAGGAGAAGGUGCCCUUCGACAAGACCAUGAUGCCGCAGGGCAACGUCGAGAUUUGGCUGGGCGAGGUGGAGCGCCGCAUGCGCAGCAGCGUGCGGCAGCAGGUGAUGCUGAGCAUGGCGGCGUAUACGCAGCGGGAGCGCAAGCAGUGGGUGCGCGAGUGGCCUGCCAUGGUGGUGCUGGCAGUCAGUGCGAUCUUCUGGUCGAGGGAGGUCGAGGAGGCCAUUACAAGUGGCACGGUACCCGCCUACCUGGACCGCUGCUCCGGCGAUCUGCUGGACCUGACGGAGCUGGUGCGCGGCCGGCUGUCCUCCCAGGAGCGCCUCACGCUUGGAGCGCUCAUCACCAUCGACGUGCACGCGCGGGAUGUGGUGGCGGAGCUUGCAGAGGGACAAGUUCGCAACAUUACGGACUUUGAGUGGGUGUCCCGCCUGCGCUACUACUGGCGCAAUGACGACGUAUACGUGGACAUGGUGCAGGCCAGCAUCUCGUACGGCUACGAGUACCUGGGCAACACUCCCCGCCUGGUCAUUACGCCUCUCACCGAUCGCUGUUACAUGACCUUGAUGAGCGCCAUGCACAUGAACCUAGGAGGCGCGCCUGCUGGGCCAGCAGGCACGGGCAAGACGGAGACCACCAAGGAUCUCGCCAAGGCUUUGGCCAAGCAGUGCGUUGUGUUCAACUGCUCGGACGGGCUGGACUACCAGGCCAUGGCCAAGUUCUUUAAGGGUCUGGCGAGCAGCGGCGCCUGGGCUUGCUUUGACGAGUUCAACCGCAUUGACCUGGAGGUGCUGUCGGUGGUGGCACAGCAGAUCCUAACCAUCCAGUUGGCCAUCCAGGCCAAGGUGAAGCGCUUCAUCUUUGAGGACACAGAGAUCGACCUGAACCCCUCCUGCUCUGUCUACAUCACCAUGAACCCUGGAUAUGCGGGCCGUUCCGAGCUGCCUGACAACCUGAAGGCGCUGUUCCGCCCCUGCGCCAUGAUGGUGCCCGACUACGCGCUCAUUGCGGAGAUCUGCCUUUACAGCUAUGGCUAUCGCGCUGGCAAGGACCUGGCGCGCAAGAUGGUGGCAACCUUCAAGCUUUGUUCAGAGCAGCUUUCCAGCCAGGACCACUAUGACUACGGCAUGCGUGCCGUCAAGUCGGUCAUUACGGCAGCUGGCAACCUCAAGCGCGAGUUCCCCGAUGACAACGAGGAGGUGUUGCUGCUCCGCGCGCUGCGUGACGUCAACGUGCCCAAGUUCCUGUCGCACGACCUGCCGCUCUUUAACGGCAUCAUCACCGAUCUCUUCCCAGGGGUGAAGAUGCCGGAGGUGGACUAUGCCAGCCUGUUGUCUGCUCUGGGCGACUCGUGCCACGAGAUGGGUAUCCAGGCAGUGGAGCCGUUUGUGGCUAAGGUCAUUCAGUUGUACGAGACCACCAUCGUACGGCACGGUCUGAUGCUUGUGGGCCCCACCAUGGGCGGCAAGACGUGCUGCUACCGGUCGCUACAGCGAGCCAUGACAAAGCUUGCAGCGGCUGGAGAUCCCAAAUACGAGCGUGUGCGCGUGGUGUCUCUCAACCCCAAGUCCAUUACAAUGGGCCAGCUGUACGGCGAGUUUGAUGAGAACACACACGAGUGGACGGACGGCGUGCUGGCCUGUUACAUGCGCGAGUGCUCGGAGGACCCCAAGCCCGACAAGAAGUGGAUCAUGUUCGACGGCCCGGUGGAUGCGGUUUGGAUUGAGAACAUGAACACCGUGCUGGACGACAACAAGAAGCUCUGCCUGGUCAGCGGCGAGAUUAUCCAGCUGAGCCCCUCCAUGACCAUGAUGUUCGAGGUUGAGGACCUUGCAGUGGCUUCCCCCGCCACCGUGUCCCGCUGCGGCAUGGUGUACAUGGAGCCCUCGGCGCUGGGUCUGGAGCCGCUGCUGGAGUCCUGGCUGGGUCGCCUGCCGCCCGGCGUGGCGGAGCACCGGGACGUGCUGGCAGCCAUCUUCAACGCGCUUGUGCCAGAGGGUCUGCGCUUCCUGCGCCGCACGCUGAAGGAGACGGUGGCCACUGUGAACAACAACCUGGUAGCAUCAUGUUUCGGCCUCAUGGACGCGCUCAUGAAGGCAUUCGAGCGCGACGAGGGCGCGGAGCCACCCACACCGGAGGAGAGCGCAGCCCAGGCGUCCAUGCUGCCCAGCCUCAUGCUGUUCAGCGUGGUGUGGAGCAUCGGCGCCUCGUGCGACAAGGCCGGCAGGCACCUCUUUGACGACUGGUUCAGGAAGCAGGUCGCUGCGAGCCAGCUGGACUUGAUCGAUGGCGCCAUGAUGCCCGAGUCGGCCUCCGUGUACGACUGGGUGUACGACGUCAACGGAUCGUACACCAUGGACCAGUCGAGCGGCUGGGUGGUGUGGAUGGCCACGGUGCCGGAGUUCAAGUGCGAUCCCGACCGGCCUUUUGCGGAGAUCAUUGUGCCCACCUCGGAUACCGUGCGCUACACCUACCUGGUCGACAAGCUGGUUGCGGCGCAGCGCCACGUGCUGUGUGUGGGUGAGACGGGUACCGGUAAGACCCUCAACGUCGCCAACAAGCUGCUUAACGACAUGCCACCGGAGGUGCAGCCGCUCUUCAUGACGUUCUCAGCACGCACCUCAGCUAACCAGACACAGGACAUUCUGGACGCCAAGAUGGAUAAGCGGCGCAAGGGCGUGUACGGCCCGCCCGCUGGCAAGCGCUACGUGGUUUUCGUGGAUGACCUCAACAUGCCGCAGCGUGAGAAGUACUUUGCGCAGCCGCCCAUCGAGCUGCUGCGCCAGUGGAUGGAUCAUGGCGGAUGGUACGAGCGCAAGCCCCCCUGCCCCUUCCGUACCGUGGUGGACACGCAAUUCGUGGCGGCCAUGGGCCCGCCCGGCGGCGGCCGCAACCCCGUCACCAACCGUCUGCUGCGUCACUUUAACUUCAUCUCUUUCGCCGAGAUGAGCGAUGGCAGCGUUGCCCGCAUCUUCACCACCAUCUUGGGCGCCUUCUUCAGGAAGUACUUCUCGGAGCCCAUCCAGAGUCUUACUGAGCUGCUGGUGGACGCCACGGUGCGCCUGUACAACGCCAUCCGCGCGGAGCUGCUGCCCACCCCCUCGCGCUCGCACUAUACCUUCAACCUGCGUGACCUGUCCAAGGUGGUGCAGGGCGUCAUGCGCGCCGACCCCAGGUCCACCGGGAAUCCCAUGCAGGUGCUGUCUCUGUGGCUGCACGAAUGCUCACGCGUGUUCGAGGACCGCCUCAUCAACGACGAGGACCACGGCUGGUUCCGAAGCCAGCAGGAGGAGCUGCUCCGGAAAAACUUCGACUGCUCGUACGGCGACGUGGUCACCACACAGCGCCUCAUCUACGGUGACUUCAUGGUUCCCGGCGCCGACCCGCGCGUGUACAGCCAGGUGACGGACCUGCCUCGGCUGGUCAGGGUGGUGGAGGAGUAUCUGGACGACUACAACUCGGUGUCCUCCGCGCCCAUGAAGCUCGUCAUGUUCCUGGACGCCAUCGAGCACGUCAGCAGGAUUACACGUGUCAUCCGCUUGCCACUGGGCAAUGCGCUGCUUCUGGGAGUAGGCGGCUCCGGGCGGCAGAGCCUGACGCGUCUGGCGGCCUUCAUGGAGGAGUACGAGGUGGUGCAGAUCGAGAUCGCGAAGGGGUACGGCCCCAACGAGUGGCGUGAUGACUUGCGGCGGGUGCUGAAGAAGGCGGGUCUGGACGGCCGCGACACGGUGUUCCUAUUCACGGACACACAGAUCGUGCAGGAGAACUUCCUGGAGGACAUUAACAAUAUCCUUAACAGCGGAGAGGUUCCUAACCUGUGGGCCAAUGACGACCAAGAGGCCAUUGCCAACGCCAUGCGCCCCAUCAUGUCGGCCGCCGGCCUGCCCAUUACAAAGAUGGGCAUCGCCACCACGUUUGUUAACCGGGUGCGCGCCUACCUGCAUCUCGUGCUGUGCUUCUCGCCCAUUGGAGACGCCUUCCGCCAGCGCCUGCGCAUGUUCCCGUCCCUCGUCAACUGCUGUACCAUCGACUGGUUCCGGGAGUGGCCGGACGAGGCGCUGCGCAGCGUUGCCACCUCGUUCUAUAACGACGUGGACUUUGGCGACGACAGCGGGGCUAUCAUGCGUGGCGUGGUGGACUGCUGCGUGGGUGUGCAUCAAAGCGUGGAACGCAAGAGCAAGAAGUUCUACGAGGAGCUGCGCAGGUAUAACUACGUGACACCCACCUCUUACCUGGAGCUACUCACCACCUUCAUCAAGCUGCUGGGCGACAAGCGCAGUGAGAUCAGCGAGAAGCGGCGGCGGCUGGAGGUGGGGCUGCAGAAGCUGCUGAACACGGCGGCGCAGGUAGAGGUGAUGCAGCGGGAGCUUCAGGACCUGCAGCCGGUGCUGGCGGCCACAGCCAAGGAGGUGGAAGACAUGAUGGUGGUCAUCACGAACGACAAGAAGGAGGCGGAUGAGACCAAGAAGGUCGUGGAGCAGCAGGAGAAGGAUGCAAACGAACAGGCUGCACGCGCAAAGCAGAUUGCCGAGGACGCCCAGCGCGACCUGGACGAGGCGCUUCCUGCUCUGGAGCGUGCUCUGGAGUCACUUAAGAACCUGAGUCGCAACGACAUCGUGGAGGUCAAGUCGCUGCAGAACCCGCCCGCAGGUGUGCGCACUGUCAUGGAGGCGACUUGCAUCAUGUUCGAUGAGAAGCCCAAGAUGAUCAACGACCCUAUCAACGUCGGCAAGAAGGUUAUUGACUACUGGGAGCCCGCCAAGAAGCUGCUCAACGACCCGACAAAGUUCUUGGAAAGCCUGUUCUCGUACGACAAGGACAACAUCCCUGACCACGUCAUCAAGAAGAUUGAACCCUACAUCCAGCGCGACGACUUCACUGCUGAGGCCAUCAGCAAGGUGUCCAAGGCUUGCACCUCCAUCUGCAUGUGGGUGCGCGCCAUGUACGUCUACCACAACGUGGCACUCUCCGUGGCGCCCAAGCGCGCGGCGCUGUCGGCGGCCCAGGAGCAGCUGAACGCCACCAUGGAGGCGCUGCGGGGCGCGCAGAACAAGCUGAAGGGUGUGGAGGACAAGAUCGCGGCGCUGGAGACAGACUACGACGAGGCCACCGCCAAGAAGGCCUCGCUGGCGCAGCAGGUGCUGCGCUGCACGGUGCAGCUGCAGCGCGCGGAUAAGCUGAUUGGCGGGCUGGGUGGCGAGAGGGUGCGGUGGCAGGCUACUGUUGACCAGCUGAGCUCGGAUCUUGUCAACGUGGUGGGCGAUGUGGUGCUGUCGGCGGCCACGAUUGCCUACUCGGGCCCCUUCACGCCGCUCUACCGCUCCGCGCUGCUGGCGGAGUGGAGCACCUUCCUCACGGAGGCAGGGGUGCCCGCGACACCCAAUGCAUCUCUGCUCACCACGCUGCAGGACCCUGUCAAAGUCCGGUCGUGGACCAUCGCGGGUCUGCCUACCGACACGCAGUCCGUGGAGAACGGCAUUAUCGUGUCCAAGGCGCGCCGCUGGCCGCUCAUGAUCGACCCACAGGGCCAAGCCAACAAGUGGAUCAAGAACAUGGAGCGCGACAGCGGGCUGGACGUCAUCAAGCUCUCCGACAGGGACUUCCUGCGCACACUGGAGAACGGAGUGCGCUUCGGACGUGCUGUGCUGCUGGAAAACAUCGGCGAGACUCUUGACGCUGCCCUGGAGCCGCUGCUUCUGAAGCAAACGUUCAAGCAGGGCGGUAGCGAGGUGAUCAAGAUUGGUGAUAACAUCAUCCCCUACCACCCCGACUUCCGCUUCUACAUGACCACCAAGCUGCGCAACCCGCACUAUGCACCCGAGGUAUCGGUCAAGGUGUCGCUGCUCAACUUCUUCGUCACGCCGGAGGGUCUGGAGGACCAGCUGCUGGGUACAGUGGUGACGCAGGAGCGGCCCGACCUGGCCAACCUCAAGAGCCAGCUGGUGGUGUCCAACGCCAAGAUGAAGAAGGAGCUGUCCGACAUCGAGGACCGCAUCCUGGCGCUGCUGUCCGCCUCCUCGGGCAACAUCCUGGACGACGAGGAGCUCAUCAACACGCUCGCGCAGUCCAAGGUGACCAGUAACGAGAUCGCGGCCAAGGUGGCGGAGGCGGAGGCCACAGAGCGUGAGAUCGACGAGACGCGUGAGCUGUACCGCCCGGUGGCGCUGCGCUCCUCGCUGCUGUUCUUCGCCAUCUCCGACCUAGCGCUGGUGGACCCCAUGUACCAGUACAGCCUCGCAUGGUUCAUCUCGCUGUUCGUACGUGGCAUCGAGGAGGCACCCAAGUCCGCCUCCGUGGAGCAGCGUGGUGAGAACCUGAACGAGUACUUCACCUACAGCCUCUACGUCAACAUCUGCCGCUCGCUGUUCGAGGCGCACAAGCUCAUGUUCUCGCUGCUGCUGGCCAUCAAGAUACUGCAGAACCAGGGCCGCAUUGACGGGCGCGAGUGGCGUUUCCUGCUUGCGGGCCCCACCAGCAGCGAAGCCACGCAGCCCAACCCCGCCUCCGACUGGCUCACGGACAAGGCGUGGACCGAGCUGCUGAACCUCAGCAACCUGCCCACGUUCAAGGGCUUUGCUGAGCACGUGGCCGCCAACCUGCCGCACUACCGCGCCAUCUUCGACUCCAACGAAGCCCACGAGCUGCCGCUGGCGGAGCCCUGGCAGGACAACCUGGACUCCUUCCAGAAGCUGUGCUUCCUCAGGUGUCUACGCCCCGACAAGGUGACAGGCGCCGUGCAGGCGUUCGUGUCGGAGCACCUGGGGCAGCGCUUUAUCGAGCCGCCGCCCUUCGACCUGGCGACCUGCUACAAGGAGAGCAGCCCCGCGGUGCCGCUCAUCUUCGUGCUCAGCCCGGGAGCGGACCCCAUGGCGGACCUGCUCAAGCUGGCGGAGGAGAUGAAGUUCAGCCGCAAGUUCGAGAAGGUGUCUCUGGGCCAGGGGCAGGGACCCAAGGCGGAGAAGCUGCUGGAGGCGGGCAUGGAGCGCGGCAUCUGGGUGUGCUUGCAGAACUGCCACCUUGCGGUCAGCUGGAUGCCCACCUUGGAGCGCAUCGUGGAGUCCAUCGCGCCCGACCGGGUGCACAAGGACUUCAGGCUGUGGCUCACCUCCAUGCCCAGCCCGGACUUCCCGGUAGCCAUCCUGCAGAACGGCGUCAAGAUGACUCUGGAGCCGCCCAAGGGCCUGAAGAGCAACCUGGUGCGGCAGUACAACCGCCUCACGGACGCCUACCUCGCCGCCUCCACCAAGCCCGACCAGUGGCGCCGCCUCGUGUUCGGCCUCUGCCUCUUCCACGCAGUCAUCCAGGACCGUCGUAAGUUCGGUCCGCUGGGCUGGAACAUCCGCUACGACUUCACGGAUGGCGACCUCAACGUGUCGCUGGCGCAGCUGCAGGAGUACCUGGACAAGUAUGAUGAGAUCCCGUUCAAGGUCUUGCGCUUCCUUUUCACGGAAAUCAACUACGGCGGUCGCGUGACAGACGACAAGGACCGCCGCCUGAUUAACAACCUCAUCUACACCUUCUGCGGCCCGCAAAUCCUGCAGCCCGGCUACCCCUUCAGCCCCAGCGGCACCUACGCCACCCCGCCCGAGGCCGCCGUGUCCGUGCGCGACCACCUGGACCUGCUGCGUGCCUACCCCAUCGUGCCCAAGCCCGAGAUCUUCGGGCUGCACGAGAACGCCGACAUCACGUGCGACCAGAAUGAGACCUACGACAUGUUCUCCACCGUGCUGUCCCUGCAACCGCGCAUCGCGUCAGGCGGCGGCCAGAGCCAGGAGUCCGUGAUCGCCUCCCUGGCUGCCGACAUCCAGGCCCGCCUGCCACCGCAGUUCGACGUGGAGGCCGUCAUCACGCGCUACCCCACCACCUACAAGGAGUCCAUGAACACCGUGCUCACACAGGAGUGCAUCCGCUACAACGCGCUGCUGGCGGUGAUGAAGCGCAGCCUGACGGAGACCAUCAAGGCGCUGAAGGGGCUGGUGGUCAUGAGUCCGGAGCUGGAGGGGGUCGCAUACAGCAUGUACGACAACCAGGUUCCGGAGCUGUGGGCCUCUCGCGCCUACCCCUCGCUCAAGCCGCUGUCCGCCUGGGUGGUGGACCUGCUGGAGCGUUGCGUCUUCAUCUCCAACUGGGUGACGCGCGGCACACCCUCGGUGUACUGGGUCAGCGGCUUCUUCUUCCCACAGGCCUUCCUGACGGGUACGCUGCAGAACUUUGCUCGCAAGUACACCUACCCCAUUGACACGGUGUCGUUUGGCUUCCAAGUGAUGGACUCGCUGAUCGAGGCGGCUGUCGACAGUGGCCCCGAGGACGGCUGCUUCAUUCGGGGGCUGUUCAUGGAGGGAGCGAGAUGGGACUCGACGACCCAUGUGGUGGCCGAGUCGCGCCCCAAGGAGCUCUACACCGAGAUGCCCAUCAUUUGGCUGCGACCCGAGCAGUUCCGCAAGAAGCCCCCCACCAGCGGCUCUCCCACGGACGGCAAUCUGGUGGUGUACGAGUGCCCCGUCUACAAGACCCUCACGCGCGCCGGCACGCUGUCCACCACCGGCCACUCCACCAACUUCGUGAUGUACCUGGAGCUGCCCUCCGACCGGCCGCAAGGGCACUGGAUCAACAGAGGAGUGGCGCUCUUUACCGGCCUCGCGUUCUGA